AUGAAGCUCUCAAAGGAUGAACUACUGGCAGAUAUCGAGCAGCAGCGAUCAACGAAGAAACGUCCACCAAAAGUUGCCCCUCCAACAAAGAGAGGAUACACUUCUAUCCUCUCGCUAUGGCAACACUUUGCAUUGCGUAUUGACCAGCCAGCGCCGGUCCCAAGCGCAGGUUGCAUGAAGAGCUUCUUCAAAAUGUUAGCAAUCGAGCAUAAAGGGAUGCUAGGCCCACAUCUCUCCCUCAACACCUUAUGCCCAUACGUUACACGCCUUGCAACAGCGUACAAGCAUGAACACGAUAUUGAGAUUCCACAGAGGGUAGUCAAGGAAGUGAAAGAUUGGAUUAAGUCAGACUUGAAAGUUUUGCUCGCUCUCAGUAGCAAGGCCCGCCCGAAGCCAAUGGCGGACUCGCAAGAUCUCGAAGUGCUUAUUCGUUACUUGUGGGUACAGGACAAGCACAGUUACCGAAACCAACUCGACCGCGUUAAGCUGCAGUUCUUUCUUCUAUGCCUUGCAUACACUGUAGCCCGGCCAGGUGCGGUCGUCGUAUCAGAUUCAUAUCGAAACAGCAAUGAAGCUAUAACUUACAGAGAUUUGAAAUUCCACCUCACUCAGGAUGUCGAAGGCGGUCCACCUCAGAUGAGCCUCACAAUUACCUUCAAACUUAUGAAGGGGGACAGAGAUGAGGAGGAUGAAUUUGUGACAAUAACGCUCUGGGAGGACCGGGUCUAUCCACACUUAUGCCCAAUUAUGCCAUUUCUUACCUUAGCAUACGAACACGACGCAUUUGAUAUUAAGCCAGAAGAGCUUUUUUGCGCUACGUUAGAUCGUAGCGUUGUUGAAGUCCCUCUUAAAGAUGAGGUCUUAGAUAUGCCCCUUUUUCGAGCAGCGGACAGGACGGCUGCAUGGACAUACGCUGCUUCUUACCGCGCCUUGACAGAGCUUGCAUACCGUGCAGGAUAUAGAUGCCAAGUAACUUCAUACGCUAUUAGGCGCGGAGCUGCAAAUAUUCUAGAAAAGUCCGCAACAUGGGCAGAAACAGGCAUCUUGAUGGGUCAUAAGAAUCCCAAGGUGUUGCAAGCACGCUAUGUCAACAAACAUGUCGGUGUUGACUUACAAAGCCUGUUCCAUAAAAGAACUGCAAAGACUGAUCGUCUACGGCCGUUGCGCAGCUUAGCUGCUGAACACUUCCCAGGCGCACCAUGCGACCUCCGCGGUACGGACCUGCAUCAGAAGCUCAGGGAACACCCUAAAUACAUUGAGCUUCGCCAGGAAUGGCAGGACCUUAAGCAGAGCGCGGCAAGCGCGGCCCUUGUCAAAGCUGCGAAAACAAAGAUGGAUGUGGAAUUAGCACGUCUUAGAAGAGUUGAGGCAAAGAAGCUUAGCAAAAAGCGUAUUCCCCUCCGUGCCUCCGUAGCCCUCUGCGUCUCAAAUUCCUGCUAG